AUGGCAGAAGCUACUGCCCUUACCAAAAAAAUUAACGAAGAAUUCCGUGAAAUAAUCAUAGACCGCGGCCGCUAUCUCGAGUUGAGUGGCUUUCCAAAUAGCAUGACAAUUAGAUUUAUUAUGUUUAUAGCCCACUACAAGUUGCCUCUGUCUCGAAACCGCUAUGGGGUAUUCGAUUAGUCUUCCUCAAGUUCCCCAAGGGGAGUCACCUUGAUUUUCUUUACAAUGAGGUACCAAUUUUGAACUGCGAGCAUUGAUAACUCUUCUUUGAGCUCUGGCGAAAAAUUUGGGGUCUGUAAUGCACCCUGAAUGUCCCAGUCUCCACCAUCUGGGGUAAAUGGUAACCCUCUAGAAAAUUCAACUCAUAGAGUAGGAUCUGAUAAAAAAAACAAUAUGCUCUUGCUUCCCUCAUAUAGUUAGCCAAUUAAAAUGCUCAAGAGGCAGGAAGACUAUAAAAUUUGAACGUCACGAUAUUUGAAUUAUUGUUUCCCAAAUAAUUUCAUUUCUACAGGCAAAUACAACAUAUUUAACCUCAUUCCCAAAAACCUUUUCGAACAAUUUCAAAGAAUAGCUAAUAUCUGAUUCCUCAUCGUCUCUAUAUUGCAAGUCCUCCCCUUAAACUUAUCCCCUACUUCAAGCUGGGCCACUAUAGCUCCUUUAUCCCUUGUCCUUGCAGUAACCCUAGCUAAAGACGCUUAUCAUGACUUCAGACGCCACAAAAGUGACAAGGCCAUCAAUAAUCGACUGAUAAAAGUAUGGGUCGAAGAAAACACUGAAUGAGAGUACAUAAAAUGAAUGGACCUUCAGGUUGGGAACAUCAUUUUAUUAGAACAAGACGACUCAGUUCCAGCUGACAUAUUAAUUCUUACCACUAGCCAUUCCUCAGAGCAAAACUGCUUUAUUGAAACUAGUAAUUUGGACGGCGAAGACAAUUUGAAAAUCCGAUACCCUCCUGACGAAAUUUGUAGUAUUUUAAAUGGGCAUACUGCUACGACCGCUAUGAUCAAUAUCAAUCAUCUUGAUGAGGCGGUAUUUAAACAUAAAAAAAUGGCGGUCUAAGCGCAACCAGCUUCUUGACACAAUUUUUCAACUUUACGGACAAGUCAACAGGGUGAGAAACCAUCUAUAUGAAGGUCUGAUACGGCUUUAUGAUAUCUAGCUAUUUCUCCCUCUGUAGCUUGGUUUUGCCUCUCUUCUAAAAGGCUUUUCCCCCUUCUAGAAGAGCUUUUUCGGACCAAAACCUGGCCACGUCCUGCAUCGGUUCAAGACAAAGCUGCUGGAGCAGAUUUAACUUAUAUUAAGAAAGAACAAAUAGCGAGCAAGUCCCAAACCUAAACACUCUAAUGGCGUGGGUCAUCCACGUGCCUCAAGUAUAACCGGAGAGAAGGCCUCUGAAACCUGGAGCAAGGAGCCUUUCAGUAAGUCCGAUGGUAGCUGAGCCGUUUCGCGACGUUGGGUGAGAUCGGUUAAUUCAUAUUGGUAUGCCGACGACGAGAAUUCUGAUCAUAAAUUAAAUAGCAAUAACGGCAUCUGGGUAAGUCUUUGACUCUGCUCCUAUGAUGGAAAUGGGUAAAUUGGCAGUGUCCUUCGGGACUCAUAAGGUGGACCUUCAUCGCGAUACCAUCGGUUGUUGCCUGAGUCUAGGAACUGAGCCUUUUUACCUGUAGCUGCUGAGGGCAUGCACCCAGCACCUAUUAGAUUCGGGUUUUCCUGGAUAAAGCUACUUUUUAAUGAGUCCGCAGGCUGCAUAAAUCCAUAUUCUACCCACUCAAAACUGGAGUCCUUAGUUGGGUAAGGAGAAGACGACCCCCCUCGUGCACGCUCAAUCCGCCCUGGCGUGAGGCGGGCUCUAGUGAAGAUGGAGAAAAUGGCUUAGAGCCCCGCCGACCAUCAUCAACUCAAUCACGUUUAGGCGAUGUCUUGCAGACGAACCUUCUGGGAUCCUUGGUGGCUGCAUAACCAAUAAGGCACUCUGCCAUCUAUAAUUAAAGAUUAAGAUGAGGCGAUAUUUAAGACAGAGCAGCCGAACAAUAAAAUGCAUACUUUUGAUGGCUCGCUGAAGCUCAAAGGAUACCCAAGAGCGAUUUCGAUAAAUCUUAAUAAUAUGAUAUUGAGAGGAAGUACAUUAAAAAACACGAAAUGGAUCAUUGCAGUUGUAGCGAUGACGGGGGUUGAUACAAAGCUGAUGAAAAACUCCCAGCACCCUAAUCACAAAAGAAGCAAUAUUGAGAAGAGGGUAAACCGCUAUCUUAUUAUUGUAUUUGGGAUGCUUUUAAUUGUAAUCAUCACAUGUACAGCAAUUUCGAUGGUUUAUGCUUAUGCAUAUGAAUCUAGGCUGGAGUUCUUUACUGGGAAGGGCUCGAGUGGAGCAUUAUUAAAUGCAAUCACGUUUAUGAUAUUAUAUAAUGGGAUGGUUCCGAUUUCUUUGUAUGUAACGAUGGACAUUGUUAGACUUCUUCAAGCAAAGUUUAUUACAAUGGAUCUCAAUAUGUAUUAUGAGCCAAUUGAUCAGCCUGCUGAGGCCAAAACAGGAGACCUUAACGAAGAUCUAGGCCAAGUCGAGUAUUUGUUUACUGAUAAGACAGGCACAUUAACUGAAAACUUGAUGGAGUUCAAGAUGUGCUCUAUCCACGGCCAAAUUUAUGGCUCUAUAGAUCCAAAUAAUACUUCAAUGCCAGCGCAAGUCUGCCAGCACCCCAGGUUCGCUUUUAACGACCCUUCAUUUUUAGCCAGUCUCAAAAGCACCAGACAUCAAGAAAUCAAUGAAUUUUUAGAAGUCCUUGCACUGUGCCACACUGUGAUACCAGAUCAAAAAGAGUCAGGAGAAAUCGAGUAUCAAGCGGCUUCGCCUGACGAAGAAGCACUCGUCCUUGCUGCCCACUGCUUUGGGUAUUCUUAUAUAUCAAAUAAAGCUGGGUCAUAUACUUUAAGAGUAAAUGGUGAAAUCUGGGAAUACAAGCUGCUCUGUCUUAAUGAGUUUACCUCAAACCGGAAAAGGAUGUCUGUGCUCGUAGAGCCUAUUUUUGAUAAAAAACGAAAGCCUGUUUUGUAUUGCAAAGGAGCUGACAAUGUUAUACUAGAGAGAUGCAAAGAUUCAGAAGAAGCCAAAGACUUGCUUAAUGACCACUUAACUGAGUUUUCAAUGAAUGGGUUCAGGACUUUAGUUUUAGCUAAAAAAGAGCUGACUCCUGAAGAAGCCGAAGAGUAUGAAAGGAAAUAUAAUACAGCUAAAAAUGCACUAGCUGAUAGAGAAGAAAGGCUAGAGGCCUUAGCUUCAGAGCUUGAAUGAGACAUGGAACUAAUUGGAGCCACCGCAAUAGAAGACAAAAUUCAGGAAGGAGUCUCUGAUACCAUUUCCACCCUUUUAAGAGCAGGCAUCAAAAUCUGCGUGCUAACUGGCGACAAGCAAGAAACAGCUAUCAAUAUAGGCUAUUCUUGCAAAUUACUGCAGCCUGAAAUGAACGUGAUAAAGCUGAACUCAAAGUCUCUGCAAGAAGCUAAAGAAAUGCUUCAAGCGACCUUAAACCAAACUUUAUUCGAUAGAGCUUUUCGUCGAACCAACACAUUCCUGCAAACAAUUCAAUACGUCGAUGCAUCACCUGACUUGUCCCCACUCGAUAAAACUUUGCCUCAGCGAGGUCGAAAGGCCCGUUAUAAGUUUGUCAAAAGCGAAUUUUUCAUUGACGGAAGCGUUUCUCCAGAAAAAGUGGAAACUUUAAACCUUGCCUUGGUCACAGACGGGACCACAUUGACGUAUAUUUUAAACGACACUUUAUGCAUGAGGUAUUUUUCUAUACUGAUGUGCAUUUCUCAUGCUGUUAUUUGUUGCAGAGUUUCGCCUCUGCAAAAGUCAUUAAUUGUGCAGCUGGUGAAAAAUCAUUUUUGCUUUAAGCCCUUAACCUGUGCAAUUGGAGACGGGGCAAAUGAUGUUGCAAUGAUACAGGAGGCUCAUGUAGGGAUCGGAAUUUGUGGGAGAGAAGGCAUGCAGGCUGCAAAUUCAAGCGAUUAUUCAGUUGCGAGGUUUAGGUUUCUGCUCCCUUUGCUAUUGCAUCAUGGGAGGUGAAACUAUCAAAGAAUUUCUAUGGUUGUCCUCUAUUCUUUCUAUAAAAAUUUUCUACUGAUUUUGCUUCUUUUUUAUUUCAGCUUUAUGAACAUGUAUUCUGGCACAAGUUUGUAUGAUUCUUGGCUGAUGAUGGGUUACAACGUUGGCUUUACAGCGCUGCCCAUUAUAAUUCUUGGCGUUUUCGAUACAGAUUUAUCAAGACAGGCCGUUUUAACCAAUCCUCAAGUGUAUACUGAUGGGAUUUAUUCUAAAAAAUUCAACUACAAGAUUUUUAUAGUAUGGACUUUUAAAGCAAUAUAUAAAAGUAUUAUUGCCUUUAUUUUUCUUUGGCAAUGCUCUUUACAAAGUAUAGACAAGGAUGGGAACCCUGAAAGCUUGGACCAAAUGGGAGCUGCUGCUUACUAUACAAUCGUCCAAAUCGUAACUUAUACUGUUUGAAGUGAAAUGAAGCAGUGGAAUAAGCCCUUUAUUUUUGUUACGAUUUUAAGCUUAAUUGCCUUUUACCCAGUCAUUUUUAUUUAUGACUAUUCAGGAUUUCCAACUACCAGCCUUGAAGGAGUGUCCGUUCACAUGUUUUCGGCAAGCUCGUCUGCGUUUUAUUUAUUUUUCGUGCCUUUUAUUUGUGGCAUUCCCAGACUAAGCCUACUUUGAUGGAAAAGCGUUUUCCAUCCCAACAACGUGCAAGAGCUGCAAAGGACCUCAAAUAAGAUUUACCCCAGCAAAAGCUAUGUCGAAGACUCCAAAUUCAACCUUAUUGCUAAAAGAGCUGUCCAGUAUUCUGCUAAUCUGAACAAUAUCUUCGUAAGCAAAGGACUUAAAGUCCAGCGGCACGAAGAUGACGAGCGGGAGUACUAUGCUUUGCAAAAAUAUUCAAUGCAGUUUAGAAACGUGUACGUGGAAAAAAGCUAUAAAAUGUACCUUAUUGACAAAAUAUUUAGAUUUGUGAGGAUCAUGUUUUUGUUACUUUUGGCGUUUUACACUGUGUGGAAUAUUAUUGACAGCAUGUCAAAUACGUAUACUGUAGCUUAUAUUGUGAUAAGAUGCUUGAUUUGGCUGGUGCUGGUAUGUGUUGUGAUAUUCACGAGGACUAGGUUUUUUAAAGAUAAUUAUGAUAAUUGUAUAGUGAUUAUGAUUGCUUGUGCACUUAUAGUGAAGUUUGUGCAAGAAGCGAUUAACCAGAACGAUGGGUCGAUGAGCACGGCUGUGGUUAUAGUAGGAAGCUUUAUACUGUUCAAAGCUAGUGCUUAUAAAAUAUUUAUUGUGAAUCUUGUUGCUUUAAUUGCGUAUUUGAUCAGAAUUAGUGUGACUUAUGGAAAAAAGUACCAGAGUGAGUCAAUUAUUAUUGUUUCAAGCUAUGGAGUGCUGCUCUUAGGUAUUUUCUUAUCUUGUGGGUUUAUUGCUUUUUCAUUUGAAGUCACAAAGAGAAUGGAGUUUGUAUGGAAACGCAAGCAAGAAGCUCAAUACCAAAAAGGCCACGACAUUCUUGGCAAUCUUUUGCCAAAUUUCGUAAAGGACAGAGUAAGACAAGGAGUCAGAUAUAUAGCUGAAUCUCAAAGCAUGGUAACUGUAAUGUUCUGCGAUAUUUAUGAAUUCGACAAAAUCUGUGCAGCUUUAACUCCUAACGAGCUUUUGCAGCUACUUGAUCGCUUUUUUUCGAUGCUUGACCAAUUAUGCGAAAAGCAUGGAGUCACAAAAAUCGAAACAGUCAACAAAACUUACAUGGCUUGUGGAGGACUUUCAGAUAUCGAGGCUACAAUGAAACCGUCUUUGCUGGAGCUAAAUCAUGCUGAGCGAUGUGUAGAGCUGGCUUUGGACAUUAUAAAAAGACUUGAGCCUGUAUCCAUUAAAACAGGUGACAAACUAAGAGUAAAAAUCGGAAUAAACUCUGGCCCAGUCAUAGCAGGAGUCGUAGGUGACCACAAGCCUCAAUUUUCACUUGUAGGAACUACUGUUAAUGAAGCAAGCUUAGAACUUAGAAUUUAAUUACUUAGAGAGUUUAACGUGCUUCUCUGGUUCCGCAGGGUGAUUUAACAAAGUCGCAAGGGCUCACCAAUAGACUCCAACUAAUGACGUCACCGGGCAUUUCCGACGUCACCCUUUUUAUCGGGUGGUCAGACCAUCCAAAGCAAAUGACGGCCAGUCGAAGCCAGAUCUCACGGGCUGCGUUGCCUUACUCGGAAGUGCCAUGCAGAAAACCCUAUGCCCACCAAACAUCCACGGAUCAGACCAGGAGGCUGUGCACCCCUCCAGUUGCUUACUUGAUAUUGCUGAAUAAGGUCUCACCAGGAAAACUGAACCCUAUAAUAAUAAAAUGGGCAAGGAGAGAAAUUCCUCGGGAGAGGAUUUAUCACGACAUAGCCAUUUUAUUAUUAUGUGUCAAUGAAGCAAGCAGAAUGUGCUCCACCUUGAAAUCCCCUGACAAAAUACAAAUUUCUGCUUACACCCAUGACCAUUUCAUCACCCCAGGCAAAUAUAAGCUUGAGCCUGGGUUUGUGGAAGCAAAAGGGCUCGGCAAGGUUCAAGUUUACGUAAUCGAUAAAAUCAGUGUAAGAAAACUCACCCGUAGGCCAGUUACUUUUAAUAAUAUGCACCCUCAUUUUGCUAAACCUGAAACUACUGAAGGCCUCGAUAUCACUAACUCAGACCAGCUUGAAAUUUCAAGAGAGCCUUUAAUAUCCGAAGAAAAUGAGCUAAACAUAUCAAGUUACCACGAAGAAGACGACGACACAAAAACUCCUCACACAGCUGUAAAGUUUGACUUGGAGCAGCUUAAGCUGCUCCCUAAUACGGAUGAUGACUCACAGCUUAACGUUGCGGGGCCUGUGCAAUGGGUAGCUUGCUCUUUCAAAGAAAAUGAGUCUCAAAGAGAGUUCAGGGUCAGCUCGCUUGAAAAAGACUGAAAAAGAUUAAUUUCAGUCAAUUGAAUCGCUACAUUUUUCUUUACUGUACUCGCGUGCAUUUAUCUAGGGACUUUUAUAAUAACAGGAUCUCAUUGGAGCAUUGCACAAAUAAUUUAUCGUUUUUCUGGGAUUUUUUUUAUGGUAAUCGUGAUUUGGAAAUUUAAAGCGACUUAUAAGAUGCCGCUUUUUCCUUGGGCGAUCAUGAUGAUUUAUAUAAAUCAGAGUUUGAUUAGUGCAAUUUCGCUGUCCAGCUUGAGUGAUGAGUUUUUAUACUUGGUAGUCAUUGAGUUUAUGUUUAUAAAUGUGGUGAUAAAUCAUAUCAGUGGCUUGCUAUUUGGAUUUAUCCUUAUUUCUUCAAUCGUCAAUUUUACUAUUUGGCUUUGUUUUGUACUGCUAAAUAAUCAUGAGUUAACCAAAUCUCUUGAGGCAACGUUCUUUAUUUUAGCUUUUUCAGUCAUUAACCUCUUCGCAAGCUAUUCAAUGGAACAGCAAUCAAGGCACAUUUACAACCUAUACAAAUACACUCAAAGAGAUAUCAAAAACACAGAAAAACUGCUCCAUCAAAUGAUCCCUCCACAAGUGGUGAGGAAUCUUCAGCAUGACAUCGCUACUACUGACAGAUACACUGAUGUUUCAAUAAUUUAUGCAGACAUAGCAGGCUUCACAGCAUAUUCAAAAAAUAAGGAACCUAUAGAAGUCAUUACAAUGCUCAGCAAACUUUUUUCCACUUUUGACCACUUGUGUGUAAGACAUAACGUUUAUAAAGUUCAUACAAUUGGAGAUUGCUAUGUCAUCCUUAGCUUCACAGAUGCAGAAAAAAGAGACCCGAUAAAAGAGUGUAUCAGCAUGGUCGAAAUUGCUUUAGAUAUGGUCAAAACAAUCAAUAAAGUCAAUAAAAGUAAAAAGACAAAUUUGAAUAUGAGGAUCGGCAUCCACACAGGAGAAAUCAUUGCAGGAAUUACUGGGACUAACAUUGUGAGAUAUGAUGUUUAUGGCCCAGACAAUGAUAUUGCCAAUAAGAUGGAGUCUAAUGGCCAAACUGGAAAAAUCAACGUCAGUGAAGUCACCAAAGGAAUUCUUGAGAAUAGCCAGCCUGGAAGAUUCGAUUAUGUCUACAACAAGUCGGUCAGGCAUGAACCCACCAACAGAAGCGUAGAAUGCUAUUUCGUAGUGCCUAAGUCUGAAAGAGACCUUGUCCUUGAUGACGAUUAA